AUGGUAGAUGAUCAUUCAGGACUUUCAAAUAUCCAAAAAUUUCAUUAUUUAAAUUCUGCGCUAACAGGAGAUGCUGCUCCUGUGAUUGAAUCAUUAGGUGUCUCAGACGCAAACUAUACUCUUGCAUGGCAAGGUCUUUUGGAUCGAUGCGAAGGUUCUAGGUCACUUGUACAUUUUCAUGUUAAAGCACUUUUUGAUUUACCUGUAAUAACAAAGGUCACUUUUAGUGCUCUGAGACAGCUAAUUGAUGAUGCGAACAAUCAUUUAUACGCAUUGAAAUCGUUAGGAGAAGAAACUGGGUGUUGGGAUACAUUAGUUGUUCAUUUGGUAAUCACUAAAUUAGAUUUUGCGACAAAAAGAGAAUGGGAGAAACGUUUACUUUCGAAGCGUGAGAAUAGCAAUUUGAUUGAGCAUAAAAUAACGUUUAAAGACAUGAUUACGUUUCUAAAGAAUCAUUGUAAAUAUUUGCACCGUGUUGCUACUGAAAAGCCAGAAUCAGAUAAUCUAAAUAAUCAAAAGAAGCCAUGCACAAAAACGGGAAAUUCGAAGUUUUCUCAGCGACUCACUUCUCACGCAGCUACUAAGAAAGUAUGCCCUUUCUGCCAGGAAUCUCAUACACUAUACAGUUGUGAAAAAUUAAGGGCACUUACCGUAGAAUCUAGGAUCGAUGAAGUUAGGAAAUUGCAUUGUUGUUUUAAUUGUUUAACCCCUGGGCAUCGAAAUCUUCAACCAUGA